ACGGCCUUUAAACCUGUCACAGUGAAAUGUCAAAGUUCAACAAUACGGUAAACCAGUGUCGUGCUCGAAAACAUAACGCUUACUUUACGAUAUUUCCAGCUGUGCCACUGCCAUAUCGGCGGCCGAGAUAUGGAUGUGCAUUGUAAUUCAGACUUGUCGCCCGCGGCUCGCCAGAUAUCGUACUCCGGCGGUCGCUUGAUGUUAAUAGCUGUGGCAGUUAUCGUACUUACUGUGUGUGUCAUUGCCAUCGUGGCUGUUGUUGCGGUCGUGGUACUGGGCGAGUAUGAUGUCAAUGAACUGCUAGAAGUGAGUACGGUAGGACAGAUGACACCACAGACUGUUCCAUGGAAAUCCUUACGUCUGGUUGAUGGAAACGAGAUUGAAGGCAGUGUCGAAGUGUGGGCAUACAAUGAAUGGUUAUCACUAUGUGGGACGAAGGGCCACUUCAAACACGUGGAAGCCGUGGUUAUUUGUCGACAUAUCGGAAUCAGGGGCGGUGCAUCUCCUCGGUAUAACAGUCAUUUCGGACCUGGAAAAAGUAAUGCAUCUGUUGUUAUGAGAAGUCUGCUUUGCAAUGGGGACGAGACUGCAAUCGAACAGUGUGAAUAUUCCAUAUCUAAAGACGUGUCGUGUCGGCAAACCAGCACUAUUGGUGUUGUAUGCGGCAUACGUAACAACUCCCUGCGUGUUCGACUCCAUGGGGGUGUCCUGCCGAGAGAGGGCCAUGUACAGGUGACUUUGAAUGGUGCGUCUUGGGAUACAUUGCUCGUACAAGGGUGGUAUGAAUCGUACAAUGUGUUUCGUUACUUUUCAACUGCUGCCAUUGCUUGUAAACAACUGGGUUACAGUGGCGUUGUUCAACAUAUCCUAGAACCAAAUGUGCCAAAAAGUCAACGUCUUCGUGUAUUGUCGUGCUAUGGAAGUGAAUCGUCUUUGGCUGAAUGUCUUGAUGAAGGAUAUACUGAUUUGUUAAUGCGUUUUCCAAUGGUAGUAAAAUGUGACAACCGUAUACAGAAAUUUGAGCUCAGUUUGCCCAGUGGCAUUGUUGCACGGGAAGGAGUGGUAGAAAUACACGUGAAUGAAGUUGGUGGCGCCCUCUGUUUCCACAAACACGUCAUGAAAAAUCCAACCUCUGUCCCAGACGUACUUUGUAGACAACUUGGUUUUAGUGGCAAUUCAUCGAAAUCGUCCCUUUUAUAUUUCAACCAAAAUGUACAGUCGAACGACUUGUUAGUGAUGAUGAUUCUCGUUGAAAGCUGGUCCUGUAUCGGUUCUGAAUCUUCGAUUAUGGAAUGCAGAACGUCAGGUUAUUUACAAGGCACUCAGGGCGAGUGGAACUAUCCAUGUACACUGCCAACACUAAUGUGUAGAUGAUUUCCGGUAGACGUGAACACUCGGUACGCAUGC